AUGUUGAGACUGAUUCGCCAAUUACUGUCCACUCUGAGAUCCAUGAAGCAAUUGAAGAUCGGGUUGAUUCCUGGUGACGGUAUCGGGAGAGAGGUUAUCCCUGCUGGUAAGGCUGUGUUGGAGAACUUGCCUUCGAAGUACGAUCUUCAAUUCAGUUUUGUCGACUUGAAAGCUGGCUACGAGUUGUUCAAGGAGACUGGUACCGCCUUGCCUGAGGAAACUGUCGACAUCCUCAAGAACGAUUGUGAUGGGGCUCUUUUCGGCGCUGUGUCGUCGCCCACGGUGAAGGUUGCUGGUUACUCGUCGCCGAUUGUAGCGUUGAGAAAGAAGCUUGGCCUCUAUGCCAACGUUCGUCCAGUCAAGUCGGUUGAAGGGAUCGGCCGUCCUGUGGAUAUGGUGAUUGUUCGUGAGAACACUGAGGAUUUGUACAUCAAGGAAGAAAAGACCUACAAGGCUGCCGAUGGUACCCAAGUGGCCGAGGCAAUCAAGAGAAUCACCGAAACCGCGACCACCAGAAUCGCAAAGAUUGCAUUUGAGAUCGCUUUGUCGAGACAACAAAUUCGGGAAAACGGUCUCAAGCUGAUCCAUGACCACCCCUCGGUUACCGUCACCCACAAGCUGAACGUGUUGUCUCAAUCUGACGGGUUGUUCCGCGAGGUCUGCAAGAAGGUUUGGGAAGAAAACCCUCAAUUCCAAGCCGUGGAAUACAAGGAACAAAUCGUGGACUCUAUGGUUUACCGUAUGUUCCGUGAACCUGAAGAAUUUGACGUUGUAGUCGCGCCGAAUUUGUAUGGUGACAUCUUGUCUGAUGGUGCCGCUGCUCUUGUCGGCUCGCUUGGUGUGGUUCCCUCGGCCAAUGUCGGUGAUAACUUUGCCAUCGGUGAACCUUGCCAUGGCUCUGCUCCUGACAUCGAAGGCAAGGGCAUCUCUAACCCCAUUGCCACUAUUAGAUCCACUGCAUUGAUGUUGGAAUUCAUGGGUUACCAAGAUGCCGCCACGACUAUCUACGAGGCUGUUGAUGCUAACUUGGCCGAAGACAAGAUUAAAACCCCCGAUCUUGGUGGAUCGUCUACGACUCAACAAGUCAUUGACGACAUCAUCAAGAGAAUGAAAUAG